UGAAGAAAACAAAGAGGAGAGAAAGGCGGAGCCGUUGCCAAGGCCAUCCCGCCGCCCAUCACCAUCAUCAUCAUCAGCAGCAGGACCACAACACAGCGACCUGUCAUCGCCACCCGCACCUGGGACUUGUUGCUGAGGCGUGUGCGGGCGUGCCUGUGUGGGAUGUGUGGCGCCUCGGGGCCCGCAGAGUGUACAGAUAAAUAUGGCAGAUGCAGAAGAAUGCAUCAAUCAUGCUGCUGAAGUGGCACGGCAAGCAACACACUUCGACAGCAAUGGGAGUCAUCAGGCAGCUAUUUACAUGUACCGACAAGCAGCAGAAUACCUCCGCCGUGCUGCAACCUUGGGCCUCUCUUCACCAGCAGUUUUAGACAGAAUCCAGCAGUACAAGAAUAGGGCUGAUGUACUGGAAAGCAGUGAGAAGCAAACUCAGUCAUCUCAGGUCGUCACUGAAAAGGGUGAAAGUGAGUUGAGCCGAGCACACUUCUUGUUGCUGGAAGCUUUUGACGAGGAUGAAGCUGGUAAUGCUGAAGAAGCCAUAGAACUCUACUCCAGUGCUGUUGAAUUGUGUUUGGAAGCAUGUAAGAAUGCAAGUAAUGCCAGGAUAACAGACAAACUUCGAAAGUUAGCUGAACAAGCAUUAUCUCGAGCUGAAGUGUUGAAAGGAUUAGAAAGCACAGUUGCUAAAAGUACUGAAAGUGAAAGCAAGGUUUCAGAAAAGCCACUGUGUCAGAAGGUGUCACCAUCCAGAGCCAUUCCUCCAUUGGGCUUUGGAAAUAUUGUUGAUGCUAACCCUCAGCCUAAAGGUACACCAAAUACUGCAAGAAAAUCAGGCUUACAGAUCUCUGGUAAAUCUGAAUACACAAAGGAAGAGGUGGAAGUGUUGAGGCAAACUUCAAAGGUCAAUGGAAGGGAUUAUGUCCCUUUCCUUGCAAUUGAUCUCAAAGAAAAAUUUGCUUUCUCUAUACCUUUCACUGACAAAGAUGGUCUUCUUCCACUGGCACCAAAGCAGAAAAAAAACUUUGCCAGGUGGGCUCGACCUGAAGAUAUAUCUAGUGAUCCUAAGAUGAUUGAAGUAAUUGACUGCUUCAGCAUCAAACAGACUUGUGUUUCAGACUGUUCUUUUGUGGCAUCAGUAGCCAUCAGUGCUCUGUAUGAAAAAAGAUUUAAAAAGAGACUGAUAACUGACAUCAUAUACCCCAAGAACCGCAACGGUGAUCCUGUAUAUAAUCCUUGCGGGAAAUACAUGAUUAAACUUCACAUAAAUGGAAUUCCAAGAAAAGUAAUAAUUGAUGACAAACUUCCUGUGGGUCAUCAUGGAGAGCUCCUUUGUUCAUAUUCAACAAACAAACAUGAAUUCUGGAUAUCUCUGGUUGAAAAGUCUUACCUCAAAGUCAUGGGUGGCUAUGAUUUUCCUGGGUCCAAUAGCAACAUUGAUCUGUACGCCCUUACUGGCUGGAUCCCUGAGCGUGUAUCUAUCAAGGACAAGGAGUUCAAUAAAGAAGCAACAUUCCGCAAAAUUCUUGAUCGUUUUCACCGAGGCGAUGUAUUGGUUACUGUAGCAACUGGAGAAAUGAGUGACAGUGAUGCAGAUCGAGCUGGACUUGUCCCUACUCAUGCAUAUGCAAUGCUUGAUAUUGAGGAGGUGAAGGGAAAGCGCUUGUUUAUGCUGAAGAAUCCCUGGUCACACUUGCGCUGGAAAGGAAAUUAUUCAGAAAUGGAUCAAGAACACUGGACUCCAGAAAUGUGCAAACUCUUGAAUUAUGACCCAAAGAGUGCCCAGACCUUUGACAAUGGAGUCUUCUGGAUUGAUUUUGACAGCCUGUGCCAUUUUUAUGAUGUGAUUUACAUGAACUGGAAUCCCCGGCUCUUCUCACACACCUUCUGCACACACGAAACUUGGCAUGCUAAAGCUGGUCCUGUACGAGACUUGUACAACGUUGGUGAGAACCCACAGUACUCCCUGGAUGUUCAGUGUGCAGGAGGCUCAGCUGUAUGGAUCCUACUUACCAGACACAUAACAGAGAUUGAAGACUUCAGGAAUAAUCAAGAAUACAUCACUCUUCUUGUAUACAAAACGGGUGGCAAAAAGGUCUUCUAUCCAUUUGACCCGGCUCCAUUCAUUGAUGGUGUGCGUAUCAACAGCCCCCACUACCUGUGCAAGAUGGUGUUGAAAGAAGCUGGGACACACAAGUUUACAUUGGUCGUCUCACAGUAUGAGAAGCAUCUCACCAUUCACUAUUCCUUGCGAGUUUAUUCAACGUGCCCAUUUUCUUUACACAAAAUAAAGAAUUUGUGUAAACAGAAGAAUGAGAUCACUGGAAAAUGGAGUGGAGAAACUGCUGGUGGCUGCCCUAACCAUCCAGCAACUUACAAGAAUAACCCCAUCUACCAGUUCCGAACUGAAUCGGACCUUGCCUGCCUAAGGAUAGAACUAAAAGCUCCUAAAGAUAUUCAGAUUGGAGUUGAGAUAGUGUGUGUUGAGGCCAACAACACACAGGCACAAGGGUACUUUUCAAGAAAACAGUCGGGGGCCUACAGGUCUGGCUUCGUAGUGAUGGAACUGUUUGAUAUUGUGGCUGGAGUGUACAAUAUCAUCCCGAGCACCUUCUAUCCUAACACGGAGGCACCGUACUUCCUCAACCUCUUCUCAUCAACCUCUAUUAAAGUAAAUAGAUUGAAAUAGUUGUGUAAAUACAUGUAUCAUUGUACAGUGUUUUGGAUGCCUAAAUAAUCUUUAUCUGUUCAUCAUUAGUUUAAGUGCUGAACACUUUAUCUACAUAUCUACAUAAUUAUUUAUACCAUUCAAAUGUUUAGAUGAAUUAUGUUAUGAGCUAUCAUGGAAACCUCUUAAGAGGAAAUGGAAGAGGAUUAAGAGGAAUUUAGAGGAGGACUGAGAUGUUUAGAAGAGGAUUAAUCCUCUUCCAUUUCCUCUUGACCCUUUCCAUACUGUGACGCCGACGUCUGCGUCAUGGAUGGAAAGGGUUAAGUACAAUGUGAAAAUUAUUAUUACAUGACACUGCUUAAAUACAUAUAUAUUUUACAGCAAGCGCUUACCUCUUUCAUAUGCACAUGGUAAGAAGUGUUGGGAAAUGAAUGAGUAUACAGAAUAAUGAUAAAUAUUCUCAGCUCAAAAUGAAUACAUUUUUAAAUUCAGUUUCUUAGAAUUUAAUGGUAAAACCUGUCAAAUCUGACUCAGAACCCAAUAAAUUUAAUUAUUUCCAUGCACUUCUGACUCCAUUUUUUUCCACAUAAAUUUCCUUUAUUGAUAAGGAAUAUAUAUUAAACCUUGAUUUAGUGAACCAAUUUUAUCUAAUACUGUCCAAGAAGUCAAGGUGCCCAGCAGGUUGGAGUGAACCUUUCCCAGUGUUCAUACCUCCUACACAUUGCAUUUAUUUUUACCCAAUUCUGCUGCUCAUUAUUGUGUUUAUUCACACUCUUAUAGCAGACACACAUUGAUGAACAAUAUAUAUGCAAAAUGCAAAAUGAAUUCUUAUUUUUGGUGUUUCAACACAUACUCAGUGACCCUAGUUCAUGCAUGCCCCUUAUUUUUUCCUCUAUAAAAUAUUUACCCCAGUUAGUUGUAAAAAUACUGCAUACAUAUAUAUUACAUAAGCUCGUAUAAUGGUAAAUAUAACAUACAAAUUACCAUACAUGGCUCAUCACCAAAUAUAUUUGAAACCAUACGGUGUACAGUGGCCUCGCAUCCAACACGUUUGUCCAAGGCAUUUCAUGUUAUUUUGGGGACAAGUAUUUUUUUUAUUAUUAUUAUUGUUGUAACAGCCCAUUCACUGUCUGGCAGUCACCAACAUUCAGUACCUGCCCUAGACUUUUACCACACUUUGUUUAACACAUCUAUGAGAUGAACCAAAACAAAUUAUUUGAAGACUUUUAUUUCAUGUCAACAUAGGGCACACUGUUGCCACGGCGGCGCCAUUUUCUUUACACACUGUGGAGGCGACAUGACCAUCACAGCAUCAUAACAGCAACAUGCAGCCACCUAGCAAGUGUCGCAGACACAGACUUGGCAAGGCAUAUGUCCAGCAAAUCCCAGGCUUAGCCGAACCCUAGAUUUUUAUUUACCUAGAUUCUAUUUGGGCUCCCAUACUUGACCGAGAAAUCAUGUAAUUUUCAGAAACUAUGGCAAAAUUAAUUUUCCCCAUAGGUUCUUUUGUUUCUUCAAUGCUAAUUUAGUCCAAUGACACAACCCCUGACUAAAUUCCCUUGUUAGAAGCAAGGCCACUGUAUAAGUAUAUCCAGACCUUUAUUGGUCUGAUAUGCUCAAAAGAACAAAACACCUCAGUUAAAUUGUUCUCACCUGCUGGUUUGGUCAGAUAUGAGUUAAAGCUUACAGAAAUUUGAAUCACAAGCAUUUUGCUUGCCAUGGUCAUUUUUGUUUCAUCUGCAGAUGUUUAUUACAUUGUAAUGAAGAGUAACAUGCACCUAGAUACACAAAUGACCCGGAUACCAUGAUUGAAACAAUCUAGUCUAGAUUACUAGCCACGUAUAUUCUUGUUUCCCUUAAACCUAACCUCUUGCAUUACAAAUCUGCUUUGAGUUUUCCCCUCACAUGUAAGACCAUGAUGAAAUCUUCUCAGCAUUUUGUCUAACUACACCCUUGCCAUUUGUGUAUAUCAAGGUUUAUUUUUUUUUCUGUGCACUUGAAAAGCUAUUUUCCCUGAUUGCAUAAUAGGAUUCUAAUAGAAUAAAAUAUGUAGAACAUUUAUCUUUACUCUUAAAUGCUGAUAUCCUGAUUUCUUUGAAGAAAUGUGCAAAAUUGGGCAAACUUCCAUGCUUUGGAGGGUAAAAACGGAAUUGACUUCUAAAUUUGUCAAUGUGUAAUAACACUGAGGUACUAUUAUUUUGUCUCAUAACAGUCAGUCUAUAAUCUCCCUCUGACAAUUUCUAAAUGCUUCCUGUUUGAAAAUAACUUCCAUCUGUAAAAUGUUUCAAUAAACUACUCCCCUGUAACCAUAAGGCUAACUCAGGCAACUACAGCCCAUGUUACUCCAUUACACUGGCAGCCAAUAGUCCAACAGAUGGUCUUCACACCUCCAUUAGAUAUAUGCUACCAGAAGUUUCUUUUUUAUAUAUAUUAUUUAGGGUAGUUCUGUAUUGUUACCAUGUAUGUCAUCCCAUUAAGGUAGCAAUCAUCAAUAAUGGCAUUGCUGACCUGUGCAGUUCACUAACUUCAUCUAAGUGCAUUAUUGACCCAACAAAUUUUAGCAUAUUUUGUUUUGUGGUCAUGCCAAAAAAUUGAGAAGUUUUAGAAAAAUAAGUAGCAAUGGUGAAAAGGAAAGGAUGUGAGGCUUGCCAUCAAAAACAAAAUAUUUUUAACUUUGGAAUGAAUACCACUGCCUGUCCUCAUGGAUUAUAAUAAAAUCAUAUUUGUUAUACUUAAUAAAAUGUGAUAUACAAGGA